ACUUCCUACCUCUAGCUGGCCUUUUUUGGCGGCCUUUAUCAACUUUCUUCUACUUCUUCUUCUUCUUUUUCUUCCUCUUGCUGCUCAUUCCUGCGACUGCUCCACAACGACAACCACCAGCACGAAGGCCCCUCGCCACCUUCACGACUACCAACCACCAGGUCACCGCGAUGUCGCGGCAGGUGGUGCGCAGCAGCAAAUUCCGCCACGUCUUUGGCCAGGCGGCCAAGGCCGACCACUGCUACGAUGACAUCCGCAUAUCCCAGAUGACUUGGGACAGCAACUUCUGCUCUGUCAACCCCAAGUUUGUGGCCAUGAUUGUUGAGGCGAGCGGCGGCGGCGCGUUCAUGGUGCUUCCCCUCAACAAGACUGGUCGUAUCGACAUGUCCUACCCGACGGUGUGCGGCCAUACGGGGCCCGUGCUGGACAUCGAGUUUUGCCCCCACAACGACAAUAUUAUUGCGAGUGGCUCUGAGGACUGCAGCGUCAUGAUUUGGGAGAUUCCAGACUCCGGGCUGAUUUCGCCACUAACAGAGCCGGUGGUGAAGCUGGAGGGUCACUCCAAGCGCGUGGGCAUCCUCAGCUGGCACCCCACUGCCCACAACGUACUCAUGAGUGCAGCCUGCGACAACGUGGUGAUCCUGUGGAACGUAGCCCGCGGCCAGGCAGCCGUCAGGAUCGACGACUUGCACUCAGACCUGAUCUACAGCGCCUGCUGGAACCGCGACGGCUCCAAGAUUUUGACCUCCUGCAAGGACAAGAUGCUGAGGGUGCUGGACCCUCGCAAGGGCACCGUCCUCGCCGAGAAGGAGAAACCUCACGAGGGUUCCAGGCCGGUCCGGGCCGUGUGGGUGUCGGACAGGAGGAUCCUCACCACUGGCUUCAGUAGGAUGAGCGAGCGACAGGUGGCGCUGUGGGACCUGGAAGACUUUGGCUCACCGCUGACCCUGCAAGAACUGGACACCAGCAGCGGCGUCCUCCUGCCAUUCUUCGAUCCGGACACUGGCGUGGUCUACCUCUGCGGCAAGGGUGACAGCAGCAUCCGCUACUUUGAAGUGACGGAGGAAGCGCCCUACGUGCACUACCUGUCCAUGUACAGCAGCAAGGAGAGCCAGAAGGGCAUGGGCUACAUGACCAAGAGGGGCCUGGAGGUCAACAAGUGCGAGAUUGCCAGGUUCUACAAACUCCACGAGAGGAAGUGCGAGCCCAUCGUCAUGACGGUGCCCAGGAAGUCGGACCUCUUCCAGGAGGACCUGUAUCCCGACACCAUUGGUCCGGAACCUUCCGCAGAAGCCGACGACUGGUUUGGGGGCAAAGACGCGCCGCCCCUGCUCAUCUCACUCAAAGAUGGCUUUGUGACCACCACCAAGGCCAAAGAGUUCAAAGUUCAUAAGAGUCUCCUUAAGACCACGGUGGCCUCAGCUGGCUCCACUCACGUCGAUGGCGGCGCGGAGGAUGUGUCGGCUCUGAGGCGGGAGUUGUCGGUUAUGAAAGCAUCACUGGAGGAGCUGAGAAAUCGUGUGAGCUCGCUGGAGAACAAACAUUAAACCACCAGGAUUCUUUUUGUUUUCUACACAAGAAAUAAAUAAUAGAAAGAUAACUAAAGAAAUAUAAAAAGAAA